AUGGAUAUUGGUAUUCAACAAAUUCCAUUUCUCAUGGAUCAAAACAAUCGUUUACAACGAAUCAAAGAUAUUUAUUUUCCAGCUGACACAAUUGGUGAUAAUGGAACAAUCGAUUCUGAAUAUUUAUUUGUAAAUAAAACAGUAUUCGCUUGGUUAAAUGAAAAAACCCAAAAAGAAAUAAAAAAAUGGUUGAAAGAUAUGGGUGUUGAUGAACGAACCGAUUUAACAUAUUUACGUAAAACAAUUAUUCCGAAUGUGGCUUCUUAUAUUACACUUGAAAAUGCGGUAAGAACAAUAAAAAUGUUAUUUAUGUUAUUUCAAAAGAAUGCUAUUACUAAAAAGGAACUUGAUCAAUUAAAAAAAUAAAAAUUGUUAACAACACGUGGAACUUUAAUAUCAGCUGAACAAUGUUUUUUUUGUGAUCAAUACAAACCACGAUUACAACUUGAAGAAUAUUUAAAAACAAAAGAAGAUAAAUUUUUAUCCUUCGACUAUGUCACAAGUCAUAAUGGCAGAAAAGAAAACGAAGAUCUAAUCGAAUGGCGACGAUUCUUUAUUAUAUUAGGCGUCCAAGAAGACUUGCAUCCGAUCGUAUUUAAUCGAAAAUUAACAUCUUAUGAAGCAGCUGGAUAUGGAUUUUGUGACGACUAUCUAUCAACAACUUCACAUGAUGAAAAGCACAUAGUCGAUGCUUUUUUCGGAUUAACAACAAUAACAUUUAUACAACAUACACAAAGUAAGAACAUUGAUUGAUUCAAAAUUGACAAGUUAACCUAUCUAUGUCAUAAAAACCGGCAGUCAACCAUAUUUUAUCACGCAAGGUAGUAGUCAAUAGUAACACGACAGAUUAAAAAACACGUGUAGACACAAAUCAUUGGUAUGUGUACAUGCAUGUAUCGUUUUGACAUGGCAUGCGUGUGAACGCGUCAGAAAGAAAAUUAUAUUCGCAAGUACACAGAUGGAAAUUUCUGCAUAUACACGCUGACUAUUUUUCACAUAUGGAGACAUACAAAUAUUUUCGUAGGAAUCCUUUGCGAAUGCAUGCACAACAAAAAUUAGAACGGUCCAAAACUGAAGCAUAUAUCACAGACAUACAUGACCACACAGGAGUUUUUUUCCGGAUAUAAGAUUCG